UUUUCAAAGGCAAGACCAAAAUGUGGCUAGUGAAUGCUAAUUCUACCGAAAAGCUUGAAUAUAUUGAUUUAGUCCAAUUACCUUGGGCCCAAUUCAAGCCCAUUAUCACUUUAGAAACAACCCUAAAAGCCUUCUUCCUUCACUACCAAACUAUAAGCACUGCCUAGAUCGCCGCAGUUCUCAGUUGAGAAAGCUCAGGAGGAGGUCGCUAGGGUUUCUGCAACUGUAGCGUAAUGGGUAAGGGAACAGGAAGCUUCGGUAAGAGGAGGAACAAGACCCACACACUAUGUGUGAGGUGUGGAAGACGGAGCUUCCAUCUCCAGAAGAGCCGUUGCUCUGCUUGUGCUUACCCUGCUGCCCGUAAAAGGACAUACAACUGGAGUGUGAAGGCUAUCCGCAGAAAGACAACUGGAACUGGCCGCAUGAGGUAUCUUCGUAACGUCCCUCGCAGGUUCAAGACCAAUUUCAGAGAAGGUACUGAAGCAGCUCCAAGGAAGAAGGGAGUAGCUUCUGCUUGAGGCCUUCGAGACAGUUACUUGAGAGGCUAUUAGUGGUAGCUUCAUUUUGAUAUUUCAAGUGUUAGAGCAAGUAAAAUUUUGGGACCUUCUAUCUUAGUUUUUAUUGCCCUUUGAAAGAUUAAUGUGCUUAAAAUUUUAAAAGUAUGUGUUCCAACUUGGCAUUUUUAUAAAGAACGGAUCUUGAGACUUCCAUAACUUGUUGGAUCUGAUCUACCUGUCUAGUUUUUAUCUUACCUUGUGGUUGCCCUUUUUGAA